AUGUCCAAGGAAGCAAUGAAAUCAGUGCCGGUGACUGGAAGAUUAACAUCAGCAACAGCAGAGAGGCCACUGGAUGUAGCAUUACUUUCCACAUGCCCUGGAACACCACCAAAUAUAGGUGAACCUGUGAAGCUGAAUUUCACAAACAUCACCCUGGAUCAGUUGCGGACUAAGUAUCCCUCCCACCCUGGGGACAGGUACAGGCCCGAGGGGUGUCGGUCCGGGCAGCGACUGGCCGUUGUUAUUCCUUACAGAGACAGGAAGCAACAUCUGGGGAUCCUUCUCAACAACCUCAUCCCCUUCCUCAAAAAACAACAGGCGGACUUUACGAUAUUCGUUGCAGAACAGGUGCCGGGAGGAGUAUUCAACCGAGGUCUAAUGAUCAAUGCGGGCGUCACGGCCGCGCUGAAGUCGGAUAACUUCACCUGCCUUGUCAUCCAUGAUGUUGACCUCAUCCCAGAGACUGGCGACAACUACUACCGUUGCCGGGAAGACCCUAUACAUCUGUCGACUGCCAUAUCUAAACACGGAUAUAAGUAUGUACAAACCGACAUUUUGACCAACAACCAGUAUCUGGCAUGA